GUAGCUGCCUGUCUGAGGACUAACCGACUCAUCAGAGGGCUCUGCUGGAAGGUUGCCCAACAGAAUAGAGAACACGGCCAUUCUUCUAAAUCCCACACCUCAUCACAUUCACACUGUGUGUGUGUGAACGGAGGAGAGAACAGAGAGGGCCGUUGGAGAGAGAACCGUUUGAGGAGGAUGAAGUCCAUCAAAUUGGAUCAUUCAGCGACAGUCGAUGAGCUUACUGAUGCCUGCAUCAAAGCAUUUGGUCAGGAUUCAUCUCCCUUUGACUCUCUUCUGGUGUAGACAGUUGCAGACAGUACAUGCUUAGAUAAUGUUUUGAUUGUUGUUUGGUUUGUACAACUGCAGUAGUUCCUAUGUUUAAAUGAUUUACACAAUAUGUGGCAGCUUGCCUUGUACAGUGAAGCUCAUCCAUGUAUCUCUGUCUCUCCUUUCCUGGUAGAUGAUGAAGGCAGGCUAAAUGAUGAGUCUCUGGUCCGGAUGUUUCUCAUGAUGCAUCCCUGGUACCUCUCCUCUGCUGACCUGGCCAAGAAACUCUCCAACAAGUAUCCUGACACACUAAUGUUCCAAGAUGCUAGCAGAGGUUUAUUUUUGCCAUAUUAGCAAUGGGCCAAAGGAUUACUAGACCAGGGGGUUCAAAUCCUUUUGGUGGAAAAGUCAUUUUGUUCCUUAACCACACAACAGGUCGCUGGAGGAAAACUGUCUGCCUGAACUCAGGUCACAAAUCUGCCAUCUUAUCAAGUGAGUGAAUAUAGCAUAGAACAUCAUGGAGGCACAGAGGAAGAACUGCUAUAGGUCUUAGUCGUGAGAUAGAUUCUGUGCAUGUCUGUCAACAUUAACACACACAUAUAUAUAUAUAUAUAUAUAUAUAUAUACAUACAUACAUACAUACAUACAUACAUACAUACAUACAUACAUACAUAUAUGAUUUCCCUGUAAGCAAUGGGCAUACUAUUUCUGUGUAAGCAUAUGAUCUCCAUGUAGAAAUAUGAUUUCCAUACUCUCUGGUCUGAGCACUAACUUCUCCCGUCCUGCUUUUCUAUCCCUGUAACCCCAUCUCUCCGUAAGGUACUGGAUCAGCGAGUUCCCAGCAGAGUUUGACCUGAACCCAGAGCUGGCAGAGCAGAUCAGAGGGCUGAAGGAGCAGCUGGCCCUGCAGGGAGAGGAGCACCAGAGCACACUCAUCAACGUUGACAGUGUGUAAGUGCCCCCUGUCUUCAGCCAGGCAAUCUUACAAGAAUAGUAGCAGCCAAUCAGCCGGGCAGGCAUAGUCUCCUCACAGUGACACAGUGACAGCUUAGCAUUCAAUUUUAAUGAUACAGUAGAAGGAUUUUCAGAGUGCGUGAGUGCAUCUACAUUCGGCCACUCUCGCAGUACUUCUACUGAUAGCUGACACUCCUUCCUUAUUCUCUCUAGGCCGUCAUAUGAGUGGAGAAGGCAGGUGAGCCAACCAGCUCGGUCUGAUUUCAAGAAGAGGAAGACGUCUCUCCUCUUUGAUCACCUGGACGCAUCUGAACUAGCAGAGCACCUCACCUACAUGGAGUAUAAAUCCUUCUGUAGGAUACUGGUGAGUGGGUGGCCAGCAGGUGGCUCUGUUCGCCAGCUUCUUUCUAGGUCUCACUCAGGUGACUUUGCUUUUGGCUGAAAUAUGCCGUAUUCAUUGUAUUUGUGGUUUAAGUAAGAUAGACUGUGUGUUUGUGUGCACUUUUUACCGUAUGUAUGUGCAUAUUGGACACUGUUUUUAAAACGGUCCCUUGCCCUCCAGUUCCAGGACUACCACAGCUUUGUGAUGCAUGGCUGCACGGUGGAUAACCCCAUCCUGGAGCGCUUCAUCACCCUCUUCAACAGCGUGUCUCAGUGGAUCCAGCUGAUGGUGCUCAGCAAGCCCACCGCCCCCCAGAGGGCUGCAGUCAUGUCCCACUUUAUUAGGGUCGCACAGGUCAGUCAAUCAACUCCCAGUCCCAUGUCAAUGAAUCAACUCCCAGGUCAGUGAAAGUCAACUUCCAGGUCAGAAAGGGUCAACUACCAGGUCAGAAAAAGUAAAUUACCAGGUCACAAAGGGUCAACUCCCAGGUCAGAAAGAGUCAACUCCCAGGUCAGAAAGAGUCAACUGCCCAAUCUGGUCUCAGAGCACCAGUCAAAAGUUUGGACACACCUACUCAUUCAAGGUUUUUCUGUAUUUUUACAUGUUUUAAUAAUAAUAAUAUGCCAUUUAGCAGACACUUUUAUCCAAAGCGACUUACAGUCAUGCGUGCAUACAUUUUUGUGUAUGGGUGGUCCCGGGGAUCGAACCCACUACCUUGGCGUUACAAGCGCCGUGCUCUACCAGCUGAGCUACAGAGGACCACAUUUUACAUUGUAGAAUGAUAGUGAAGACAUCAAAGCUAUGAAAUAACACAUAUGGAAUCAUGUUGAAACCAAAAAAGUGUUAAACAAAUCAAAAUAUAUUUUAUAUUUGAGAUUCUUCAAAUAGCCACCCUUUGCCUUGAUGACAGCUUUGCACACUCUUGGCAUUCUCUCAACCAGCUUCAUGAGGUAGUCACCUGGAAUGCAGGUAGCUUAGUAGCUUAGAGAGAGAGAGGUAGCUUAGUGGUUAAGAGCGUUGUGCCAGUAACCGAACGGUCGCUUGUUCUAAUCACCGAGCCUACUAGGUGAAAAAUCUGUCGAUGUGCCCUUGAGCAAGGCACUUAACCCUAAUUGCUCAUGUAAGUCGCUCUGGAUAAGAGCGUCUGCUAAAUGAUUAAAAUGUAAAAAUGAUUUCAAUUAACAGGUGUGCCUUCUUAAAAGUUCAUUUGUGGAAUUUCUUUCCUUCUUAAUGCGUUUGAGCCAAUCAGUUGUGUUGUGACAAGGUAGGGGGGGCAUACGGAAGAUAGCCCUAUUUGGUAAAAGACCAAGUCCAUAUUAUGGCAAUAACAGCUCAAAUAAGCAAAGAGAAACGACAGUCCAUCAUUACUUUAAGACAUGAAGGUCAAUCAAUACGGAACAUUUCAAGAACUUUUUAAGUUUCUUCAAGUGCAGUCGCAAAAACCAGCGCUAUGAUGAAACUGGCUCUCAUGAGGACCACCACAGGAAUGGAAGACCCAGAGUUACCUCUGCUACAGAGGAUAAGUUCAUUAGAGUUACCAGCCUCAGAAAAUGCAGCCCAAAUAAAUGCUUCACAGAGUUCAAGUCACAGACAUAUCUCAACAUCAACUGUUCAGAGGGGACCCUAAAGGACACCAAUAAGAAGAAGAGACCUGCUUGGGCCAAGAAACACGAGCAAUGGACAUUAGACCAGUGGAUAUUUGUCCUUUGGUCUGGAGUCCAAAUUGGAGAUUUUUGGUUCCAACCGCCGUGUCUUUGUGAGACGCGGUGUGGGUGAACGAAUGAUCUCCGCAUGUGUAGUUCCCACCGUGAAGCAUGGAGGAGGAGGUGUUAUGGUGUGGGGGUGAUUUGCUGGUGACACUGUCUGUGAUUUAUUUAGAAUUCAAGGCACACUUAACCAGCAUGGCUACCACAGCAUUCUGCAGCGAUACGCCAUCCCAUCUGGUUUGGGCUUAGUGGGACUAUCAUUUGUUUUUCAACAGGACAAUGACCCAACACACCUCCAGGCUAUUUGACCAAGAAGGAGCGUGAUUGAGUGCUGCAUCAGAUGACCUGGCCUCCACAAUUCCCCGACCUCAAACCAAUUGAGAAUGUUUGGGAUGAGUCGGACGGCAGAGUAAAGGAAAAGCAGCCAACAAGUGCUCAGCAUAUGUGGGAACUCCUUCAAGACUGUUGGAAAAGCAUUCCAGGUGAAGCUGGUUGAGAGAAUGCCAAUAGUGUGCAAAGCUGUCAUCAAGGCAAAGGGUGGCUUCUUUGAAGAAUCUCAAAUAUAAAAUAUAUUUUGAUUUGUUUAACACUUUUUUGGUUGCUAAAUGAUUCCAUAAGUGUUAUUUCAUAGUUUUGAUGUCUUCACUAUUAUUCUACAAUGUAGAAAAUAGUAAAAAUAAAGAAAAACCCUUGAAUGAGUAGGUGUGUCCAAACUUUUGACUGGUACUGUAUAUCCAAGACACUUCAUUUAGUAUGAUGUUACGUUUUGUAUGGUAUGUAUUAAUUUGUGGAUGUCCAUCAUCCAUUUCGUUUGAUAUGUUACAAAUUACAAAAUUGUACAAUAUUUUACGAAUUGCAAUUCAUACAAUAUAUUUCGAAUUUGCUAAACGUACAAUAUUGUAGAGGCAGCAGCCUAUUAGAGGAUCUAGAGGUGUGGCUUGUUGGAGGCGUGGCCUUACGGUAGCUCUGUUGGGACAACCGUGGGUGAAAGUGUCAUGCCAGUUUAUUUAUUAUGUUGUACUCUGUAUUAAAUUCAAGGCUCAUACACUGCCAGUUCUGCAGUGUUAAUGGGCGUGACAUAAGUGCAAGUGAUAGAAAAGAGCCCACAGGAGUUCUAAUGUUGACUGUCACCAUUUUGUUAGAAAAUAUAAGGAUAUGUUAUGUUGGUUGUGUCUAAUGAUAGCUAGGUGGCUAAUGCUAACAUUAGCAGGCUAGCGUUAGCUAGGUUAAGGUUAAAGGAUUAGGGAAAGGUUAGCUAAAAGGCUUAAGUUUAGGGUUAAGGUUAGGGGAAGGGUUAGCUAACAUCCUAAGUAGCUAAAAAGUAGUAAGUAGUUGAAAAGUUGUUUAUUAGCUAAAAUGCUGAAGUUGUCUGUGAUGAGAUUUCAACAUGCAACCUUUGGGUUGCUAGAGGUUCGCGUAAUAUUGUUUUUGCUUUAAGUAACGUUCUGUCUUAUGUAACCAUAUUAAACAUAUCAUCCUAAUUUGAGUGUCCCGGAUUUACCUUUACCAUGUUACGUCUAGCCUAUGAGAUCAGGCUGAACUCACAGGUCAGAAAGAGUCAGCUACCAGGUCAGAAAGAGUCAACUCCCAGAUCAGUGUGAAUCAUCCUUCAGAUAAAGAGAAGUCCGUUAGGUUAGUUCUUGAGGACCACUGCUUCUCAGUGAAUGGCUUCCAAACUCCCUCUAGAAGUUGGUCUGUCUUGUGUUCCAUGCUGUGUUUUGUUGGCUAUGUUAGGGCUAAGAUGGGUUAUAUUUUUGUAUCUGGUCUCUGUAGAGGUUGUUACAGCUGCAGAACUUCAACACUCUGAUGGCAGUAGUGGGGGGUCUCAGUAACAGCUCCAUCUCACGCCUCAAAGACACACAGUCACACAUCAGCAACGAUGUGAGCAAGGUGAACAGUUUUUGAUCAUCAUUAUUUUAGUUAAGAAGAGUGAAAACAUUUGCUUACCAAUUACAACUAAACAUUUGCAUUUUGAAUGUAGGUCUACAUCAAAAUGUGACCUAUUAUUUCCAUUUCCACUGUGUUCUGCUCUAGCUAUGUGAUGUCCAACAUUGUGUGAUGUCCUUAUUGCCUCAGGCGUUCAACAACCUGGUGGAGCUUGUGACGUCCUGUGGGAACUAUAGCCAGUACCGCCAGCGCUUCUCAGAGAGCACAGGCUUCCGUUUCCCCAUCCUGGGCGUGCACCUCAAGGACCUGAUCGCUGUGCACGUGGCCCUGCCCGACUGGAGCGACCAGGAAAAGACACAGGUCAACCUGGCCAAGACCCAGCAGCUGUAUGCCAUCCUCCAGGAGCUUGCGCUGAUCCAGACCACGCCACCCAGCGUCGACGCCAACAGGGACCUGCUCAACCUGCUCAUGGUCUGGCCCUGUUGACUGAUACUGUAAGACUUGGUAGAUUUGUUUUACCUGUUGGCAUUUGAUUGAACAGUUUGUGUUUGGGUCCUGUCAGGUGUCUCUGGACCAGUACCACUCAGAGGAAGAGAUCUAUCAGCUGUCCCUGCAGAGGGAACCCCGCACUGCCAGGCCAUUGGUGAGUGUGUGUCAGGGACACAGGGACACGGACACAGACACAGAGCUUCAAUUGUGUGUAAUCUAGAGGAAAGAUUCAUUCUUGUCACAUAUCUGUUUUGGUUUGCCAGUCUACCACGAGCCCACCUCUGAUAGAGGAGUGGGCAUCUUCAGUGAAGCCCAAAGCUGACCCCGCCAUCAUCAGCAAACACAUACAGAAGAUGGUAGAGGUAGGCUGUUCAACAUAUUUGAAAUAUUACAUGUAAUUAUAAAAGAUGACACUGAGAACUUACAUUUGGUCAUUUUUCGCAGUCGGUGUUUAAGAAUUUCGACACUGAUAGAGACGGUUACGUCUCUCAGGAUGAAUUUGAGAUCAUUAGGACCAACUUCCCAUACCUCUGCAAGUUUGACGACCUGGAUAAGAAUCAGUGAGUAUCACAAGUCAUAACUAUUGAUUGCCAACAUUUCAACUAUCUUUAGAUCCACAAGUCACACAGAGCAUCUUGUUAUUACUGUAAUAUCAACCUUUGACCCCUCACCGUCUCAGGGACGGCAGAGUCAGUCAGGAGGAGAUGAUCGACUACUUCACCAAGGCUAACUCUUUACUGAACAGCAAGAUGGGGUACAUCCACACGUUUUCAGAGAAGAGCUGCAUGAAGCCUAUGCUUUGCCAUCACUGUAAAGGCAUUGUAAGUAGAAUGGUGCCUAUGCUUCAACUAUGUACAACUCCCUGUAAAAGCAAAAAUUUUAAUAUUUUUUUUAAUCAUAAGUAAAUUAAUAUGAAACAAUUAGGUAUAAAUCAAUUAUUAUGAGGACCUGUAUAUAAAAAAUUAUGUUAAGGUACCCAUAUUAUAGGAAGCACAUAUUGUGACCAGAAUAGUGGAAAUUGUGGAAUAAGAUAUUUAGAGGACACCAUUUUGGAUGUGGAAAGACAUUGCCUAACAAAACAAAAGAACACUGACUUCCUGAUCUCACAUUUCCUGAUGGCUUCCAUCCCAACACAUCAGUUCUGUUUCCUUUUUUUAAGUGUUUCUUUCUGUCUCUCACUCACGUUUAGUCUGUUAUCAUUCUGAGGACACAUCACUUAAUUUCCUUUCAUACUGUAGCCUAUGGUGCCCCACUUCAGGUCUGUUCUGUAUCAUUUUGAACCAAUCAAGCUGUCAGCAGUUGACUCUUGUUGACUCCUGAGAAAGCUGAAAUGGCAGUUACAAACAAGACUUAAUUAACUGCUCAUUGUUGACGACAAAGGCUUUGAAAUUGAUGCAUGUGAAAUUUAGAUAAAAAGAUUAUUGUCACGCCCUGGCUCUGGGGACACUGUUAUUUUGAGCCAGGGUGUGUAAUUCUAUGUUUGUAUUUCUAUGUUGGCCUGAGUGACUCCCAAUCAGAGGCAACGAGUGUCAGCUGGUUGUCUCUGAUUGGGAGCCAUAUUUAACUGUCUGUCUUUCACUUUGUGUUUGUGGUUUCUUGUUCCGUGUUGGUUGGUUUAUGUAACCAGGGACGUCACGUUUCGUUUUUGUUGUUUUGAUCGUGUGAUCAUCUUGAUAGAAUAAAAUGUUCGCAUUCAACGCUGCGCCUUGGUCCUCCUCUCUGGUAGACGAUCGUGACAGAAGAAACCACCAAGAUGUGACCAAGCAGCGUGUCCAGGAGCCAUCGCCAGGGAGAUCCCUAACAGAUCUCCUUCGCCUCCUCGACUGGGUCAAGCCGAGUGAGGAAGAGAAGGGCUUGACAUUAUGGCAGAAGGGCGAAAGGCUGGCGAGGGACAUGGAGACCUGGUCCACGGGUAGGGGAGACGCCCAGAAAUUUUUUAGGGGGGGGCUAACGCCGUGGACGACGGGCCAGCAGGAGACCGCGGCAGAGCGGCCCAGCGGAUUGGCAGAGGAGGCCGCCAGGUUACGGGGGCCACUGGUCGAAGAGGGGGUGGAAGAUGUAGAGGCACGGCGAGAGGUACUGGCGUGUGUUGCCAGUCCGGUCCGGCCUGUUCCUGAUCCCCACGUAGGGCCAGUGGUGUGUGUUCCCAGUACGGUCCGGCCUGUUCCUGCCACUCGCACCAAGUCUACGGUGCGCAUCGCCAGCUCGGCCCGGCCCAUUCCUGCUCCCCGCACCAAGUCAGUGGUGCGCUUCGUCAGCCCGGUCCGGCCCGCUCCUGCUCCCCGCACCAAGUCUUUGGUGCGCGUCGCCAGCCCAGUCAGGCCCAUUCCUGCUCCCCGCACCAAGUCUGUGGUGCGUUUCGUCAGCCCGGCUCGGCCCGUUCCUGCUCCCCGCACCAAGUCUACGGUGCGUGUCGCCAGCUCGGCCCGGCCUGCUCCCCGCACCAAGUCUGUGGUGCGCGUCGCCAGCCCAGUCCGGCCCAUUCCUGCUCCCCGCACCAAGUCUGUGGUGCGUUUCGUCAGCCCGGCUCGGCCCGUUCCUGCUCCCCGCACCAAGUCUACGGUGCGUGUCGCCAGCUCGGCCCGGCCUGCUCCCCGCACCAAGUCAGUGGUGCGUUUCGUCAGCCCUGUCCGGCCCGCUCCUGCUCCCCACACCAAGCCAGUGGUGUGCGUCGUCAGUCCAGCACGGCCCGUGCCUGUUCCCCACACCAAGCCAGUGGUGUGCGUCGUCGGUCCGGCACGGCCCGUGCCUGUUCCACUGGUGCCUGGUCCGGCACCGGUCAGAUGCGUUACGCCGGAGCUAGAGCAAUCCGCUCCAUCAGUGUGCAGUCCAGCUCCGGCCAGCGGGGCCAGACCGGACCAGGGGUACUUUGGGGGGUUGGAGAGGGAGUGGGGAUCAGGUCCGGAGCCGGAUCCGCCGCCAAGGCGGAGUGCCCAUCCGGUCCCUCCCCUGCGGUAUUUAGUUGGCGCGGUCGGAGUCCGCGCCUUUAGGGGGGGUACUGUCACGCCCUGGCUCUGGGGACACUGUUAUGUUGAGCCAGGGUGUGUAAUUCUAUGUUUGUAUUUCUAUGUUGGCCUGAGUGACUCCCAAUCAGAGGCAACGAGUGUCAGCUGGUUGUCUCUGAUUGGGAGCCAUAUUUAACUGUCUGUCUUUCACUUUGUGUUUGUGGUUUCUUGUUCCGUGUUGGUUGGUUUAUGUAACCAGGGACGUCACGUUUCGUUGUUGUUGUUUUGAUCGUGUGAUCAUCUUGAUAGAAUAAAAUGUUCGCAUUCAACGCUGCGCCUUGGUCCUCCUCUCUGGUAGACGAUCGUGACAAUUAUUCAGCAAUCAGUUUAGUUUCCAAAGUCACCAUUAACCUGUCUUUUUUUCUAAUGCUAAAUGUGAUAUGUAACAGAUGUGUUAUAUUUUUCAGAUGUGGGGAAUUUACAAACAAAGAUACAAGUGUAAAGGUACACAAAUAAAAUGAUCUCUGUCAGAAUUCUGCACCUCCCGCACCCCACGGACAAUGUGUAAUGUUGACCGACAUUAUAUUGUUUAUUUGCUUAUAAUAGCUUACAUUUAUAUUUCAGGAUUCAGUUAUUUACCAGAUACUCUUGCUCAUUGAGACAGACACUGAUUAGUGUACACAAUAAGAAGUUAAGCAGCAUGCACUGAACCUCAAGCAAAACCUUUCCAAAACCUUUUCAAAACCUUUCCAUAACCUUUCCAAGACCAUUCCAAGACCAUUCCAAGUCACAUUCUGUAGUUAAACACAAAGCCAUAUGACAUUGCCUAUAAAAAGCCAAGGCUAGCUAUCUAACAAUACAAUAGCAAUGCCAGUACCAAUACUGUCUGUUUUCGGAUGUAACAGAUUUAACCCCAAACUACCACUCUUUGUUCUAGCCUGUGGGGUGAGCUGCCACAAAGAUUGUCGCAGCCGCCUUGCUGUGGAGUGCCGCAAACGAACACAGAGCACCUGUCACGAAUACCAUUCACCCCAACACUCCCGUUCCUUCAGUGUGCCUGCUAUAGCUCAGCCGCUACACGCUAUGCAACACACAGGUAAAAGCACACCACCCGAUUCACCUCUCUUUUCUUUUAUGUUCAAAUCUUUACCUACUCCCGAGUGGCGCAGUGGUCUAAGGCACUGCAUCGCAGUGCUAGCUGUGCCACUAGAGAUCCUGGUUUGAGUCCAGGCUCUGUCGCAGCCAGCCGCGACCGGGAGACCCAUGGGCGGCGCACAAUAGGUCCAGCGUCGUCCAAGGUAGGGGAGGGUUUGGCCGGCAGGGAUGUGGGUUUGUUUCCCACGGGGGGCCAGUAUGAAAAAAAGAUAAAAGAUAAAAAUUAAACUAACACAUUUAAAAAAGAAAAUCUUUACCUGGAUGUCUCAAACUUAGUCUUGAAGCACAAGGACUGGUACAGUACUUUUUACAGUUUAGUGCAAUUAGGUAUGGUAUAUUUUGCCAAAACCGGUCCACGAGUGAUUUUAUCGGGCCCCGCAAAGAUUUUAGGAUUUUCGUUUUUUUGGUCAGAAAAUACUAAAAUCACCAGGAAUUAGGCUGAAAUGUUGUUUAAUUUAGGAAAUCUGUUCAACAAGUAUUCUCACAAAUAAAAAAAGAAACAUAUGUGAUCAUAUUUCAAUGUCAUCAAGGUAUGAAAUUAUUGUUAUUUUCAAAUACAAUCUCUUUUUGUGUUUAGUUGUGGUCAAUUUGCAGUGUACAAAUUAUUAUAUAAUUACAUUCUGUUCAGUGGCUGAAUCGAGCUAUCUACCCGUAGACCUCUUGGUAUAAUUCAGACCACCUGGUGGCUUUCCAUGAACAGAUACAUAGUUACCUAGUUACACAUAUGUUUUUUUAUUCAGUGCAAAUGCUUUUGAGCUCUGCUGUUCUCCAAUAUGGCUGAUGAGGUGCCCUUAACACAGAGAUACAUUGUUCUCUCUCCCCAGUCAUUACAGAGGAAGCUCCUGACUCCCUGGGGGAUGAAGUGUUUGAUGUCCACCUUUGAGGAGGUAAGAGGCCUAGGAGAAUACAGGGUCUAGGUGUUGGAGUAAUCCUAGUGCAAGAAAUGGUCCUGGUCAAAAUUUGACCAUUUAUGCUCUAUCUGCAGGUGUUUUGAAGUGGUCUCUAAGCAUAUCAUGUCUGAGCACAUCCCGUUUAGACUGCAUUUCAAUAUUUUUCUUGAAUUAAUUUUGUUGUCCACUUACUUGUUCAUUUUUAUAUCAGAAUGAAGACCAACGUUGAGGACAAAAACAACAAAGACUGGCCAUGUUGCCGACAGCAACGGCACUCAGAAGAUCUCAGUGUGAUAGAAACGUAAUUGCUCCUGUUUGAAGAUACAACGCAUGUUAGGAACAUUCCAAUUUUCCAGUUUAAGGGCAUUUCGCAUCUGAGGAAGGAUUGUAUACAUUUUCUGAUUGAUUCAUCCUUCAUUCUCUCAGCCUUUUCAAACAUCAUAUUAUUUGCUCAGCGCUUUCACAGUAGG